CGAGCGGAUCUGUGACACCGCUCGACCCGAGAGUGGCGCGAAUCAAUCGAUACGCCUCUGCGUGACGUGUAGCUCGACUCGAGUGGUCCGCGCCGUCCAUCGACUCGGAACCCCGCCCCAAAGCGGAGCAGGACGCGUCACUAUCGCCCAAUUAUCGGCGCUUUUGGGAAAUUUGGCCGCGGGAGAGUUAGGGAACGAGUGAGUCGCCAUGAUCAAGGCGUUCCUCGUGGUGAACAACCACGCGAUGGUCAGGUUGUGCAGGUUCUAUGAGCAGCUGCCCACGGAGAAGCAGACGGAGCUGUGCCAGACAGUGUACAAGAUCGUCACCGCGCGCCCCGACCACCUAUGCUCGUUCGUGGAUGACGAGAAGACCUUCGGGCCCGACACCAAGCUGGUGUACCGCCACUUCGCCACGCUUUACUUCUGCAUCCUGAGCGACAGGAGCGAGUCCGAGCUGGCGAUGAUGGACCUUAUCCAGGUGUACGUUGAGACCCUAGACCGCGUGUUCGAGAACGUGUGCGAGCUGGACCUGAUCUUCAACUCGCCCAAGGCGUACACGGUGCUGGACGAGACAAUCGUGGGCGGGUUGGUGCUGGAGAUUAACAGUCAGAAGAUCUUGAACGUGUACGACGAGCUGAUGAAGUUGGAGAAGGCGCACUCGUCGAUGCUGGACAACAUGCCCAACAUAUACACGGGGAGCAAGUGAUUGAUGAGUAGCAACGCACGCGUCGAUCUGUCAAAUAUAAAAUUAGAUUUUAAAGGUGGA